AUGUCGCUCCUCCCUUACCAUUUCCAGGCCGGCAACGGUGAUAGCAGUGGAUUGCCCGUCCGCCUCCCCGACAACGGCGGUAGCACUCCGUCGUCACCAAUCCGUUUCACCAUCAACAACGAUGGCACUUUCGUGCCCAUCCGUCCUAGACCUACUGCCAACAUCGUCGACAAUACUCCUGACCCCAGGACCAAUCCCAGCAUUCCUAUCGCCGGCCGCAAAUCACCCUUCACCAAGCUACCCGUCGAUCUCCUCUUCUGCAUCAUGGACUUUCUCCAGGACCGCAAAGACAAGGUCAACUUGUCAGCCACCCGCCGCGAAAUCCGCAUCUGGCUCUAUGACAAGCUGGCUCAUCAGGAUCUGCGCUCCGGCCGCCUUGUCACCCUGAGAUCUGGCCUCCGCACCCAAAACAUGAGAGCCAUCGAGCCGUUUUUCGAUUUUUAUCGGGAAUUGAUAACGCGUGUCGAUGUGAUUCCCAAGGAGGACCUAGAGCCCAAGAGCAAAAAGGUCAAGGGCAAGAAGGAUCAUGCUGUCAAGUUCUCUAUUUUCAAGGACCCUGCCAAGAACAAAGGCAAAGCCGGCACCGCCAAGGAAGGUGUCAAACAACCAGUUCGCGCAAGAAAAGCACCCUCCAAGCCCACCGAAACUAUCAUCUCCUUCCGCGAUGAAAAUCUCCCCUCCCUCCGCCUCAUCCGCCCCAUCCUUACCUCCGCCCUCGAGAAAGCCCUUCUCGCACAUGACCUUACCUUUGCCGAACACCUUCUCUGGCACGCCAAACAGGAUCUCAUGCCCAGCCUCACGCCCGUCCUGGAAUCGGUGCUCUGGUCCGCCUUGGACCCCGAUACCUGUCUUAGUUCAGGUGAAACUCUCGACCACCUACGCCGCCAAGCCCGCACAGGUGGAGGCACCAGUCCAGUAACCCCCAUUGUAUGGACCUGGAACACCUGCCCCUUGGCUGCAGUCAAGCUGUUGGUCAAGUUUGGAGCGAAGGGAAAUCGUGCCGGUGUUUGGCCCGAGGAAAAGAAGACUCGGAGGAGGAGAGCCAAUCCUCCUCCCGAAGGAGACGAGAACACCGACACUCCUGGCCUCUAUGAUGGCUACUACCACUCCAAGACGCAAACUCCUGCCGCUCACGCUCACAUGCCUCCUAUGCCGCCUCGUCGGUUGUGGACGGGUUUGGAGCGGGUUGCGUUCUUCUACGAAGAGGCGUAUGGGCGCUCAGAGGCGGCAAACGUGGUAGCGUCUGCUGCUGCUACCACUCCUCCCAGUUUUGCUGAUUCUGGUGUUGAUGUCAGUGCUACUGCUGCUUCCGCGGGCGGUGCCCCGGUGGCUAAGAGCAGGGGCAUCAAACGCAACUUUUCUGGUAGCUUUCACAACCCAGGUUUGGGUUCGAAACCUAGCCCUAACACUGGCAAAGAGCACCGCCUCCUCGCUGUGACAUGUGAGAGUCACGACGGAAAAGAGGGAGAAAGUUGUUUCAAGAAGCUUCUUGAAGUCUUGUGCGAGAGCAUCAUUGACGAGGAGGCCUUCCGAGCCAGCACUUUGGGCAUCAAGAAGAAGCGUACACGUGGACCCAAAGCUCCCAUUCUUGAAGACAGCCUCGAGAACAUGCUCAAGAAAACUGAAACUACCGUCGUGUUUGCUGAGAUGCUCAUCAGCGAGCAAGCGGGAAAGCUGUUCAAGGAGAUCUUUGAGGGAGCAGGAAAGACAAAGUUUGAGGUGCUGCAUAGGUUCAUGGCGAAAGGAACGAGGCAGAGCAAGCAGAUGAAGACAGAGAACAUGACGGAAAUUGUACAUGUCCCUGAGGGUGUACAUGUCCCUGCGGGUGUAGGUUUCCCUGAGGGUGUACGUGUUCCUGAGGGUGUACAUGUUCCUGAGGUCGUACAUGAGGAGGAGGACUUCUGGGCGGAAGACAUGGAGUUGGAUCUUGAAGAGGGGGAGCCAGAGGAGGACGAGUGA